CGCUAAACGCUCGCCGAGCUCCAUGCUGUGCAACACCACCUCCUCACAAAUCGUCAGGGGCGCGGAGAGCGCAGUGCACUGCGGUGAGGCUGCGCAGCGGGGGCUCGCCCCCUGCACCGCGCUCAGCGGCGCGCAGGGGAGGGCGGUCGGUGGCGGCGGCGGCGAGGCGCGAGGCGGUGGCGGCGGUGGUGCGGGCGGCGGGAUGACAGGGGAGGCGGCGGGAUUGACAGGGGAGGCGGCGGCCACGAGCGGAGCGGCGCGAGAAGGGGGGGGGGCGGCGGCGAGGCGCCGGUGAGCGAGGCGCCCGCGCCAUCAGAGGGACGCGCCGCUGCGAGAUGGAGGGCGGCGGUGACGGAGGCGAGGCGCGAGGCGGCGGCGGCGGCGGCGGCGGCGGCGGCGGCGGCGGCGGCGGCGGCGGCGGCGAACGGCGGCACCGAGUCUCGGUGAGCGGCGGCGGGAGGAGGAGCAGCGGCGGCGCUCGCUCGCUGUUGACGGGAGCGCUUUUGAGCCUGGGAGCCCAUGCCACUG